CCCAACCCUGGUUGUUGACGUCUGCUUAGGAAUUCACGGUGUGUUUAUUUUUUUUGGAAUAUUUCUAAAGUUUUUUUCGAUAAUUUUUUGCGUAAUUUAAAAUAUAUUGAAAAGAAAUUGUGUUUUUAUAAAAAAAAGGAUAAAACUGAUAAAAUGCUUCUUUCAAAGAUAAAUAAUAUUAUUUUUGGUUCAAUUCGAGAAACAGGAUUAAAUAGAUUAUUAACAAGUAGAUUUAUGUCUGACAAUGCACUUUCUACAGAACAGUCCGUUCCAGAUAAGUUGUAUAAAAAAAUUGAAUUAGAACUUCGAGGACACGAUAAAGCAGUUUUAAAAAGUUAUGGUGAAUUUACAAAUAUGACUGCAAAUAAUUUGGGAAUUAUAAUGACAAAAAAUGAACAAAUCAAAAAGGCGGUACACGAUAGAUAUACUGUAUUAAAAUCGAGACACGUUCAUAAAAAGCAUCGUGUUCAAUAUGAAUUUAGAACAUAUUUUAGAUUAAUUGAUUUUGAAAAACUCACGGGAUCAACGGCUGAUACUCUUCUUGAAUAUAUACAAAGAAAUUUGCCAGAAGGUGUUGCAAUGAAAGUCACAAAGACUGAAAUCAGAAAAUUACCAGAAAUAAUUAGUAAACCACCGAUUCAAGAAAUUCCCAAGGAGAUUUAGAAUUUUAUUAAAAUAGCCAAAUAAAAUGUUCUUUAUAUGUAAAAAAAAAAAAGUUAAAUACAAAAUGUUUUUUCGAAAA